AUGAUUCAUUUAUUUACUCAUGUGAAUAAACAAUUAAUUCAUCAUCAACAAUCUAUAGUGUUUCAUCAAAUUAGAAAUAAAAAAUAUUAUCGUCAUUGGUGGAUUCCAUUUCAUUUGAAUGAUUAUCAAACAAUCACACAAUCUAAAUUAAAUUCUUAUGAUCAAUGGAAUCAAGAAUGGCUUCAUUCAAAUCUUCCCAUAGAAUUAAAAUAUUUUGAUAUAUCACAUCUUCCAUCUCAUUUAAAUAAAAGAAUAAAACCAACAAAAGAAUUUUUUCAAUUAAUUCAUCAUAAAGAAAAAACAGAAGAUUAUCAAAGAUGUUUAUUUGGUCAAUAUGGAUUACAAUCUGAUAUUAAUCCAGCUUUAUUAUUUAUGAAUGAACAUGAAAUAAUCUAUGAAAAAACUAAAGAAAAUCUAUUAGAAAAUUCCAUUUUAGAAAUAGUUCAUAGGAAUAAAGAACAAGAGAAUAAAACAAGAUUGAAUAAUGAAACAUUAAUGUUAAAAAUCAAGAAAAAUUUAAAUAAAAUGCCUGAAUUAUUAAAAAAAUUUCAUAAUCAAGAAGAGAAACAAUUAUCUAUGAAUAAUAUAAAAAAGGAUAAAAUGAAAAUGUUUAUGGAAGAGGCAAGAGAUCGUUUCGGUUUUUAUCCAAGUAAAAAAGAUCCAAAAUUUAUUAAAUUAAUUCAUGAAUCUGAUGAACAAAAUAAAUUAGAACGUAAACAAAAAAAGAAAUAA